UCUCAUCUCCAGUUUUUGGCCAGAUUGCAGCCGGAUCCAGUGAACCAAACUGGAUUCAAGAUGUGUACUCAGCUUCUUUGGAGUGAUGGGGCGGUCGCUGGUCAGAUCAGAAUAGGAGGCGCCGCUUCAAAAGUAUAUCUAAAGUUUGAAUUUAGGGUGUAUCUGGAUCAGAUUCCCCUCAUAGGGUUCGAGCUCUUUCACCAGUUGCUUUGCUUGAACUUCCUCGAUUUGAUUUUUGAGUCAAAAUGUCUGAGGGUUUCGCCAGGGACUUCUCCACAGUUUCUAUCUUCGAAGCAUCCACCAUGGCAUCCUGGGACUCAGACUAUUAGAUGGGUCGAGAUAGAUUUGGGUUUCUGCCGUUGUUCCAAUUUGUCUCUGCUUUGCGACGGUUUCUGAGCCUUCUCCGCCUGUUAAUGGGAGGUCCUCAUCCUCUCUGCUCAAUGUUUCAGAAGGAAAUCGUCCUAAGCUUCCUACCUUUUUGAUGCCGAGUUGCCGGCAUCUUUCGUCCUCUGUUCGUGUGAUGGGGUCAGUGUCGAGCCGUUAUGUCCUCUGUUUUCGUCUGCCAGUAUCUCACCAGUGUUUCAUCGGCUGGAUUCUCUGUGUUGGUUUGGAUUCUCAGAGAGUUUGAUCUGUCGCAUUUACAGAGUUAGUGUAGCAUCUAGUGAACUUCAAUGUGCGGUGGCCAAACCAGAGCUUAGUCAUCCAUGCUUUGCAUGUCCUCCUAUAGGAAUUCUUUGGGAUGGUCUGUGGUGCCUCAGACUGUUUUCUGGUUGUUAACUCCAAAUAUCUCUUCGGUGCAGGUUCCAACAUCUAAGUUUCAAGUCGCGAUCUCAUGAGACAAUAGUGUUGUUCUUAAGUAGUACAAUGCCAAGCUUUAAUCAUGUUCCAAGGGAAACAGAUUAAACAUUCAUUUGCUACUUUGAUAAGCUCCCUAGAUUACUAGAUUUUGAUUCAUCCAAAACUUGUAAUCUCUUUGUAUCAUUACUCAUCUAAUGAAUUAAUGUAAACAGAUUAUUAUUUGUAAAUAAUAUUUAAUUUAUAAACCAAUGGUAAUAAUAAAUCAAUUUUAUUUGCUAAAAAUAUUGUAGUUUCUAUUUUUAUUAAUAUUUGUGAUUAAUUAAUAAAAAAAUUAAAAAAUUCUAGGAGUGUAUCUAUGACUUUAUAAAAUAUUAUACAGCACCAAUCAUAUGUUUUAAAAGUCUAACCUAUAGAUGACAAUUAACGCUACAAUACGUCUACUUAUCAUAGUAUAUAAAAAGUAGUGGUCUAUUAUGUAUGCGGCUGACAUACCGUUUAUGGAAAUACUACAAAAGCCCCAUGGUAGUGUUUUCAUUGUGUUAUUAAUGCUGAUAUUUCUUCUAGUGUCUAUUGGAUCUGGAUGCUUAUAUAUGAGAUUUCCUUAUAUAUACCCACAAACGCUUACUCUUUCGUUUAUUCAGUUUUACAGUUGACUUUUCAGAGAUUUUUAAGUGUAGGGAGAAGACUGUAUUCUCUAACCUAGAGAAAAUUUAUGAACCCUUGUUUCCAUUGAGAUAAUACUGGUUAUUGUUUUAAAAAAAUAGACAUGCUGUAGAUGCCACGGGAAAAUCGUUAAUGAGUUAGUAAAUUUAUUCGAGUUCCUAUCAUGAAAGAAGUUUCAUAGAAAAGACGGUAAUUUCUUGUUUUAUACUCUAAUAGACUUAUGAUUCCACUUGUAUUAAUAUAUAUUUUCGCGUGAUAGUUGGGAGAAAAAGACAUGGCACGUUUACUUUCGACGUGUGCGCAGAAAAAGUAGAACAUUUUGAGAAUUGGUUCUCAACGUGCUGUUAAACUUUUAGGUUUGGUUCUUUCUAACCUAUAUAUCCAAUUAAUUAUGCAUUAGAAAAACAAAGUUUGUGAAAUAUAACAAACACUUAAAAUAGUGGAUAAAGCAGUUAAUAAUUCGAAAGUUCUCUCAUACCCACAUGGUUACGUAAAAAGCUAAACUAAUUAAGUAAAAUAUAUGUCUGAAGCAUGUGAUUAGUUUAAUCUUAACGAGUAAGAACCCUUAAACUAUAUAAAAUCUCAAACUGCAUAGCAUGCAAGCACGCACUAUAAAUAUCGUCCGAAAGUAAUCGAGUCAUUUCAAGUUCAGCCAGACUCUCACCCUUUAGCUCUAAGUUUCCUCUAGCUGCUUCUUCAAUAUUCCCAUCUUAUUUUAACUAAACCUUUUUUACUUAAGGCAUACCUUGAACCGGUAUUUGCCAUGCAAGAGUCCCAAUAUAACAAGAAGUCAUCUCUUAAGUUGCUCGACCGCCUAUUCGUGCCGUUUAUUGUAGUUGUUGUUGGUGUUAUAGUUUUUGUUAGCCCGUUUUGGCUUCAAGUUUCUCCCAGAUUUUUCAUAUCAACUAUCUCUAGAGUGAUUACUUACAUGUCAUCCCCCAAGGUCUUAUUCCUUCUCACAAAUAUCAUCGUAAUCAUCCUCAUUAGAGAAUCAAUGUUUUCUAGAUCAACAUCUGUUCUUCCAACUAGCGAGUUACGCAAAGAGUGCAUAACUGUGAGAAACAAUUCUUGUGACUUGUGGUCUUGUGCAAACAUGAAGAUGGGAAUCGGAUGUCAACAGCUAACAAAAGAGAAUAUGGAUAGACCGAGACACGAAGAUGGUAAAAGGCGUAAGCUUAGUCCGAUGCAGAUGGAUUCACUACACCAGAGAGCUGAUGAUCUGAUCGCUCGUGUGAACAGACGGAGGAGGCUUGAAACUGGGAUUUUACAUAGCCACAUAGACCAUAGCCGUAUGUCAUAAUAAUUACAUGGCCAAACCUGUGUGCAUAUAAA